ACAAAGUUGAAAAUGUGCGAAGUUCACAUAAAAUGGAACCGUCUAGAUUGAAACAACUGAAAUCUCUCUUCAAACUUGAAAACGUUUACAAAUCAAUAACUUUUUUGUUUACAAUACUAGAAAAUUUUCACUCUUGGAUUGGAACAGGAAAACCUUUCUUUAACUCAUGCUUCCUGGGUUUAUUAUCUCUGCGAACUGGUUGCCAUGUUGUUUUUGUCUGUGUACUAUUUACCUCUAUAAUAUCAAUUAUUCUGAACGACAGUGCUUGGGAUAUGAUGAGUGAAGGGUAUAUGCUAGAGCACAGGAAUCAACACUAUCUAGAAAUGAUAGUUGAUGCUCUCAGUAUAUUCAUGUCUCUUUGCUUCCUCUACUCGUAUAUUAAGAAGAAAGUGUAUCUGGCCAAGCUUGUAUUCUACUGGAUCCUGGUGGCAGCUGUAUUCCAGAUUGCUUGGUUUAUCAUGGGACACAAUACAGAGGGAGAUCUCAUCCUUCUACAUUCAGCUACUGCUGCUCUUUACAUAUACCUGGAUUGUAUUGUUGUUUCUUUUAUCCAGAGAGCAAGUAUAGUCAGCAAGCUGUCUGAUGAACACUUUGCUGUACUAGAGGAAUGGGAUGCCUGGGAGCUAGGAGAGUUUAUGCAUACAGACAAGAACCUUGAUCUGCUCCAGGACCAGGAGGAGACUCUAGAGUACCAAGACGGGGUUCACCAGGACCAGGAAGGAGAUGGAGAAAAUAGAUCUCGUGAAGGAAGGAAGGAAAAUUUACAAAGUUUGUAUGCAGAAAAUAAACCCCAGAGUUCGGAUUGGACAAAAAGUUUAGAUUUCCAGAAUAUAUCUUGGAACUUGCAGGAAACAUACAGUGCUACUCGGGCUCAGGAACAAUAUAGACAGUAUUGUAAACAGAAAUAUGGUUGCUAGACUCUGUAAUUCAUUAAAUGUACUUGGUAAAGUAUUUGACUUCCAAACAUACUGUUAAAUUCUAAAAAUUAUUGUUGAGCAAUACACAUUAAGAUCAAUUUAAAAAAAA